GUUUCCGUAGUGCAUCAAAAUGAACGCUACCUGCCUGUGUUUUGGCACAUUUAUCGAGCUUUAAAAUGAUAUGAUUCACGUUAACGACACAGAAAGGUACAGGGACAUGAUGGCAGAAAGAUGACCCGCAGUGAAGCUAUGAAGAAGCUCCUGUCUCUGUAAUUGCAGUAGUGCUGACAGAUCACAAAGAGAGACCCAUGCUUUCUGAUGAACUUGACUCCAAACCAGAGCUGCUGGUGCAGUUUGUGCAGAGUGCGUCCAUCCCUCUGGUGCAGGGUCUGGAGGAGACCGGGGCUAAGUCCUGUGUCCCUCUGCUGCCCCCUGCUGUCAGCUCCCUGUGCAGUCCACUGCAGCUCUCAGAUGAGGGUCUGAGCCAUGGGCCGGGCAGUCCUCCCUCUCUCUCUGAGUUCAGGGCGGUUUCUGAGGACAGUUCUUUGGUUCCUGGACACCACCCCUCCUCCCACAGUCCCUCUCCCCUCCUCCAUGACCUUCAGCAGACUGAUAACAGCUCCUACGUCCUGCUUAACCUCGCCAAAGCCUCCUCAGAGUCCCUGAUCUUCGCCGAUGGUCCAGAUGACGAUGAGGAGGAUGGAAUUUCUUCGGGGGACUAUGGGGUGGAUGGAGCGCCGUGGUACCUGCGCGUUCAGGAGCUCGCCCACGACAGCCUCAUCGCCGCCACACGUGCUCAGAUCGCACGAGACGCCAGAGCCAAUCAGGAGGCCCGGGCUGUAACCACAGUGACCAACGGCGACCUGACGCACAGUUUAACCUCAGACGCUGCAGACAGGAGGAGGUGCGUCUCCCCUCGAUCUUCUCGGUCGGUCCCAAAGUCCGUCCUUCACUGUUCCUUCGAAGGCUGCUGUAGGACCUUCACAUGGCCAGCUCAUCUCAAAUACCAUCUCAAAACACACAGGAAUGAUCGUAUGUUCCGGUGUGUGGCUGAGGGCUGUGGGAAGAGCUUCUAUGUUCUUCAGAGGCUCCAGGUUCACAUGAGGACUCACAAUGGAGACAAACCCUUCAUCUGUAAAGAGAAAAACUGUGGCAAGAAGUUCACUACUGCGGGGAACUUGAAGAACCACAAACGCAUCCACACAGGAGAGAAGCCUUUUCUGUGCGAGGCAGACGGCUGUGGGCGCUCCUUUGCUGAGUAUUCGAGUCUCCGCAAACACAUGCUGGUUCAUUCAGGGGAGAAGCCUCAUCUGUGUGGGAUCUGCGGGAAGACAUUCUCUCAGUCCGGAAGCAGAAACGUUCACAUGAGGAAACGCCACGGAGAGGAAAGUGUCAGCCACGAACCACGAGACACAGGCGAGGCGCUGACACAGAGCAGUUUACUGGAGGUUGAUGGUGAAAACACAGACGGGAUGGUCUCCAUGACGACGGCCGUGGAACCAAUGAACCUUCACCACGCCAUGCUCAGGGCUCCAGGUUCAUCAGACUCCGUGGUGGUCCUCUCUCAGCCUCACGACCUUGUUUCCAUGACGACAGAUGCACAUUCGUACGACGAGGACGUGGUCACGCUACUUUAGCUUACAAAAAAAAUAACAAAAACACAAACUGCACAAAUGUAGAUACAUGUAAUUAGUAGUACAAUAAUAAUGCUUUUAUUUUGUCAAGUACAAAUAGUUUUUACAAAUAGCCAUUUCCUUCCAAAGAAAUCCAACACGGGUUAAAAAGUCUCUAUAAAUAUAAGAACCAUGCAUCGUUUUGUGCUUCACUGUUGUAACCGAAGAGGUAAGACUGAAUUAUGUGCCAUGUCGGCCAUCUUGUCAUCAUUAAAGGUGCACUGUGCAACUUUUCUGGUGGAGGGUCCUACAUCUGCUCGUCUCCAUGGAAAUGUUUUUGCUUUGCCUAGAAUAUUCCAUGGUGUGACUUUAAACAUAUCCAUCUAGUGUUUAUUCAUUACAGAUGUUUCUAUUGUUCAAAAAUACAAUAAUUCCUUCUGUGAAUAGGGACAACACUCCACAGAUCUGAACUGCUGUAACCUGUUUGUCUUCCUCGUGAUAGAUACGGGUUCAGUCUAUAUUGUGGAACAUUCUAGAUAAAGCAGUAACAUUUCCAUGGAGACAUCAAAUGGCAGACCCUCCACCAGAAAAGUUACACAGUGCACCUUUAAAACGCUUGUUACUACAAAAAAUGAAAAUGUACAUUGGUUAAAAUUACUAAUUCAAAAAAAGGCGAUGUACCUGAUUUCUUCCCAAGUAUUGAGCAAAAUUUGUCUUGCACCAGUAUAGAUAUAUUGUAUAAGCAGCUCUUGGAGUCAGAAUAAGUCUUCUGUGCGGCAUCUGCAUUAUAAAACGUUGUAUUGUCAGAUAAUCAGGAAGUGCGUGGUUAGCAUUACCUAGGCCUGUCACGAUAAUAACCAUAUUGAUUUAUCGUUCAAUGUAUGAUCACUGGAACAAUAUAUUUUGGGGCUCAAUAUUUAUCGUGUGUACCAUUUCUUUGCAGAAGUUGGGAAGCUUUUUGUUAUUUUUUUUGUAAUAGGGUGAGAUUUAAACUGGAGAGAGUAGAAUACAUAACUUCUGUGACUAAUUAUUUGUUCAUUCUGCUGUUAAUUUGUUGCAGCUCAGACCUUUUAAUGAUACAGACUAUUUAAAAAUGUUUUACUGGGAUCAUCUUGCUUUGUUUUUGUGUCCGUGGCAUAAAGUAGUUUCAGUAUUAUCAUUUUCUGUUAUAAUCUAAUAUAUCGUGCUUCAACAUGUGUUAUCGUGACAAGCCUAGCAUUACCGUGACUCAGUUCUGGUCUCUCAGAGUUGUGAAAAGCACUUAUAAACUCGUCAUGGUGAAUAAUUAGGAUGCUCAGAAUGCAUAAGGUAAUUGAGGAGUAACUUUGGACCACUGCAAACUGUUUAAAAUGAACUAGUUCCGUUUUUAAGAUGGGAAAAAUCUGGUACAACUGAUUGAAUUUGAGUUUUGGUCAAUGAAGAGUUAGUUUGAAUGUUUAAAUAAUGAAUCCUAUGAAGCUUAGAAUUUCCACAGCCAAAUAUAUUUUAGUCUAAAUUACCAAGUUAAUAAUUCCCUUUAAUUCAGUAUAGUAUUACCUUAAAACCAGUUUCCUCAGAUAUUAACCAGUGUAGAUUUUCAUUUUUGUCAUGUGCAAUUUUCAGCUAAAAUGUAACAGACCAGAGUACAGCACCAGAAAGACCGCAGUUAUAAAAUCACAAAUAUAAUGUAACAGUGUCUGGUGAGAAUAAAAAACAUUACAUUAUUAUUAGAGGUGGACGAUUCAUAGUCUUAGCCAGAGAAUUUUUAAACUAUAGUUUUUAAAAGAACAAAAAUAACAAUUGUCAAGAAUAAGAACGGUUUAAAAAAAAAAAAACUCUUCAAAAACGGUUGAGAACAUAAACUUACUGUACGAUCUUCUAAAUAUGCACAUCGAGUUGUUAAGUGCGAUGUCACUUCUGGGUCCAUCAGAUGAUUCAGAAAAAUUUAAAUGUAUAAAAUAAAGAUGAAAUUGUAAACAAUUUGUGGUUAAAUGUACACUUUAGAAAGGUAGCUGUCUCUUGUUUGAAUAUGGAACAAAAACAAAGCUUGAAAUCAGCUGUGAAGUUUCUGGCCAGACCCGGAAGUGACGUCAAAUCUCGAGAGUGAUAUUUCAUGGUCAUCUCAUGUUCCUGUUAUGGUUCAUUCUUGGCUUCAUUCAUGUUUAGUGCGAUAACUGAACUUUUACAGGGACAUUUUAGCAGCACAUUCCUGAUGAACUGCAAAAAUCUGCAUCUUACUAAUGUUUAAUUAUCAAGACUUAAAGAGAGAAUUUUGUAACUUUUCACACCAAGUACCUAUUUGACCUCUUGACUCGAAUAUCACCAGAUCUAACCAGAUUUAAAGUUGCACUAGGUAACUUUUUUUGCUGGACUGUCUGCCACUUGCUAGUCACCAUGGAGAUAUUAUUGCUUAGCCUGAUGUUCCACUCUAUGACAUUAAACUCUCCACAGAUCUGACCUGAAUGUUAACUUCAACUUAUCUAUAUUGAAUUAUCUUGUUGAUAUAGAUGUAUAAGCCAUACUGAAUGCCAUAUUUAUUUCAUGCAAUGCAAUAAAAUCUCCAAGGAAAAAAGCAAGAGGCAGUCCCUCCACCAAAAAAGUUCCAUAGUCCAUUUAAAUUAGACUAAGUAGGGUAAAAUAGUUCUAAACAAAGGCUAACCCAAAGGAGGAAAAAUAUGCAUAAAAUAAAAAUUCUAAAUAAAUUAAAUAAAAGAACUAGAGAGAACUCCAUGUACUACAGACUGAGAACCACGUAUUUAGUCAUUAUUGCCUUCCCCGUGUGGAUAUUUAGUGUACAUUACUUGAUUCUGUUCACUGUUGAGCCUCAGACACAGGUUUCAGGGUUUGGGAGGGUCUCUUUUUGUCAGUGGAGCUUCUUCAUGUUGUGGAGAUGAUCCAAAAUGGCGCCCAAAGCCCAACUUGCCUCCACGUUUCUCACUUUCUUGGUCAACUGUGGCCACAAACAGACACCAAAUCACUUAAAUGCCUUUUGUAUUUAUUGAAAUAAAAAUAUAACAUACUAAAGAAUGAAAUGUCUUGUAUUGGAGAUUUAUAGAUUUAGAUAUAGGUAGUAGUUUUACCUUACCUGGAAUGUUCCACAGUAUGGCAUUAAUGUUUUAUGUUGCAGCAUAUCGCCUAUUCCAAUUGAACCUCUCAUCUCCAUGGAGACAGCAGGCGACACAAUCAGGCCAAGUUAUAUGUAUGGUCACCAUGCUCACAGAAAUGUCUUUUUUUUUUUUCUUUUGCAAUACAGCAACCAUCUAAUUGAAUGGAUAGUUAGUUUAAUGCUGUACUGGGGAACAUUCAAAGCAACAAUAUCACCUUGGAGACAAACAGGACCACUCUCCAUUGGAAAAGAACAUCUUGAUUCACUUUUAAAUUUGAACAUCUAUUGUAAAGCUUUAAAUGAAUAGCAGGUAGUCAGUUUAGUGACCACACCAUCCUAACAGAAAAGUUAAAGGUGCACUUAGCUUGCCGACUCUCUUCAGAAAAGUUGCAGUCUCUAUGGAGAUGUUAAUACCUUUGUUUAUUGCCAUAUUAUGGACAACUUAUAAACUAAUAUAUCUUGCAUUUAUUGAUCUACAGGUGUUAUUUGUUACUCAAAAAUAUCUUAAAAAACAUCCAUUCUUGCGCCUCUUCACAGACCUGUGAAGUUUGUGGAAUAUUCUAAGUACAUCUCCGUGGAGACAAGCAGGAGACAGACCCUCCACCAGAAAAGUUCACAGUGCAGCUUUAAGUGUGUAGACGUCUCACCUGCAGCGCUGUGGUCUCCUUGAAGCCGAAGCCGUCUUUGAGCAGAGCGGUGAUGUAGGUCAGGUCCAUACAGAGGAAAGGACCACUUGGAGGGGACGAGCUCAUCUUAUUACAGACUGCAGACAGAAAUGAGGCCAUUAAGAAACAUUGUUUUCAUUUCAUUCGUUUAUUUCCACAUUUGUAAACAGACAAUCAGACAUUUAAAUAAUUACUGUGAUGUUGUUAAUACAACAGUAAUAUUAUAAUGUUGUUACCUCAUCAAAAUCUGCCUGUGUUUUGUUUGAUCCAGACAUGUUUGCAUAACCCUUUAUUAUGUCUACAUCUCCAAAGCUCAAAAUACUCACCAUGUCAUGUAGUGAUUUAAAUCAGCAGCUACUUUUCAUCUUUUGUUCAUUAGAGAGCGGCAAUUCCAGGGCUAAAAUUGUCCAAAUGAUUCUAGUGAAGUUAUAUGGAGUAUAAAAACAUAGUGGAGCAUUUCCUGUAUAAUCACACAUCAUAAGAUGGAACAGUGUUGUGUCUUAAACAUGUGUGACUGAAACAAAACAACUCCUAUGUGCAAAAGGUACAAUGUUUACCUUAAUGAUCAAUAACGUUUGUCUAAGUCUAGGUUAACACCCAGUUAACAUGAAUCUUUACUCAUCUGAGUAACUUUUUAAAUAAAAUUGUAGAUUUUAGUUAUACUUUUAUCCCUACCAUUUCUAGGUAUUGAAGUCUAUUGUGUGAAGAUAGAUUUUGGGCAUUAUUUAAUGUUUUGUCCUUCAAAUAACUUAAAAUUUUAAAUCAGAUGUUUCGUCCAGUCAGACAGUUACUCUUACUUGAGUAGUUUCCCCAAGAGAGACCAAUCUAUGCUUGAGUAAUCAUCUAAACUGCUCAAACAGAGAUAAAAAUUCAACUUCAACUUCUUUUAACGCAUUAUAUAUUCCUUUAGCGGUGAGUUUGAGUUUGCAUUCAGCUCAGUGUUGUUCCAGUGGAAGAUUGACUGCUGCCUCCUGUUUGAAACACUUCCUGAAUCUUAAUAGAACUGGACUGAAUAAACUCUGCCCUGUGAGCACAGCCCUUGAACACUGCAAAAAACUCUGCUAACAUGGGUUAAAAUGAUCAGACUAAACCAAAACUACCUAGACUAGAUCAAGACCAAGCCCAGUCCACAUCACGACUAAAAUGGGGUAAAUGUAUCUUUUUAUUUUAGGUAUUUUAUUUAUUAUUCAUUAGUGAUGGGACAAGAUGCAUGAAUGAGAUUGUGCACACGUGCUGAAUAUGCUCUUGUGUGAUUUUUUCCCCCCAUAUUUUUACGUUUGGUUUGGAUACAAAGUUAAGUACUGGCAAGAUACAUUUUUGGAGAAGCUGUAGUAACAGAAAGCAGUGCUACAGCAAAAAUUGAAUAAAAUAUGAUAGAUAAUGUCAAAAUCUCAUCUUGUCUCGUUCUUGUAGAUCCAAUCUCGUGUCUCGUCCUGUGGAAAUUGUAUCUUGUCCCACACCUAUUUAUUAAUUUAUUAGAGCCCAUUAAACAACAUUUACAUUUAAACAAUUUAGAAUAUUUUGGGAAAAAUAAUUAAAUAAUUGGUUAAGGGUUCUCGUAAGUUGUUAUCGUGACAGGCCUACUUCUCUAUCUGAAAUUAUAACAUUAUCAAUCUAUUCCAGUAGUUUGCACAGUCCUACAUGUCAACAUCUGCAGGAGGGAAAAACAUUCAAACUCACUCUCUUUUGCUUUUCUCUUGAAAUCUCUGACCUCCAGUCUUCCUCCUUGGUCUCCAUCUGUAACAGCAUUAGAAAAACAGGUCAUUUAAAUACCACCUACACGCCUUCAUUACAACAGGGCACCCUAAUAUUAGCAUAGCCGACCUUUAAGCCUACUGUGGCAGACGGUUCUGUAAAACACCUAUAGCUCAUCAAAACCACACAUAACAGCCAUGAGUCAUGGGCAGUGUUGAGUCACAAAAAAACAUCCUGCUGGCACAAUUAUGAAAAUGUAUACACUGUAAAAAUAUACUCUGUAAAAUGGAUUGAAUUCAGAAUUUUGCUUUGACUUGCUUAAAUCAUUUCUCAAAUCAAUUUCUCAAGUCAACUUUUUUUGAGAUGCAAACACAGAUGCUUAGAUGUUUAGACUUGAGCAUAUAACACUGUAUAUUAAAGGCACUGUACCCGAUUUUUGCUCUUGAAAUGUGAAAAACUAGUUAAUUUUAAAACUGCAGUGGUCCAAAGUUAUUCCCAACUUACCUUAUGCAUUUUGAGCAUCUUAAUUAAUCACUGAAGACUUUACAAGUCAUUUUCACAAGAGGGGAAUUAUGUCUUCAUGCCAAUGUGCACUUUGUGAUUAUCGCACAAUAAAGCACUUUAUAGUUAUAUGGAGACAGUACCUUUAUCUGCUUACGAGCUGCUUCUACAAUAUAUCUGUAUUUUGUACCAGUUUGUAUAAGUAAAAGUUGAAACAUGAGACUUUCUGGGCCAACUAUUGCAAGUAUAGAGUCUUAUUACAUCAAUUCAUAUGUCCAAUCAACAUUAGGAUCCAAUAUCAGCUGAACCAUAUCAUUGACAGAUGCAUCCCUAAUCUAAAUUACUCAAAUCUACUCAAAACUUAAUUCAUAUUCUGAUUCAAGUCAUUUUAUCUCAGGUAGACCAUUAUUUUGUUGUAGAGAAAGGCACUAACCAAUGAGUCCUGCAUCUACUGCUCUGUCAAAGUAAUAGGAGAAGGCGAAGAAGAGGCUGGAUUCCUGGAGCUCGUGGGGCUGGUGUAUGACCCCCUUCACAACCUUCUGCACCUCCAGGUCAGACCACCAAAGCUCCACUCAUCUUUGAACUUCUUUGGCAAACAGGAACUUUUAAAAACUUGCCACUCCAACCCUAGAAGAACAUAUCAUGAGACUCCUAAUUUUUUAUGGAGCAGACUCAGUACCUUUUGCCCUCAGAGCUCCCAACGCUGCCAGCCUCGCCGCCAUCAGCCCGUUUCCAAGCUGAUGCGGCUGUGGUUGGCCGGUCUGCUGAGGCUGGGCAGGAGGCUGCUGAUGCCGUGGGUUAGAUCCAGGAGAGAGGACCCAGCCUGAGCUCCACUGUGCCCAGGGAGAGAGCAGAGGAGCAGGGGCAGGAGCACCACCGUGACUGCCUCCAUCUUCACACCUCU